GUUGUUGGUGUAGAUAUAUCUCCUUACCAACCAACUACGAUAAAACCUAAAAAUUUUGAAUUCGUUAUGGCAAAUGUUGAAGAAAGAUUACCAUUUGAUGAUAAUACUUUUGAUUUUGUAUUUCAACGAUAUUUAGUAUUUGGUCUUUCCAAAGAGAAUUGGCCUCAAAUUCUCAGUAAUUUGACUUCUGCGUAUUCUUCUCUUAAACCUGUUUUAACAAAAAAAUUGCAAGUUUCUGAUGAAGAAUAUGAUGAAUUGACUAAAACUUCCCUAAAAGAAGUGGUGGAGUUUAAUUCUUAUUACCAAAUAGUUCGUGUUUAUGCACGCGAAUGGAUUUUUAAAUCUCAAAAAUUGCU